GUGGCACACGGGGAAAGUGAAAGUAACUAGUAUCUGGUUUGGGUAUCUGCAUAUAUAUCAUGUCCAGUCACACCCCUGCUUAUCUGUUAGACAUCCAAGAGGGUAGACAUGGCAUCUGGUUUGAGAAAUUAUUGGUUUCCUUCAGUGCCAUCUGCAGUUCUUGAAAAACCUUGGAGGGAAGCUGCCUGGAAUAAUAGAGACCAGAUGAUAGAGAAACUAAGAACUUUCCCGCUGAAUGAUCCUGAAUUGGGCAUGAUCAGAAUCCUGCUGCAUGGACCUGUUGGGGCAGGAAAGUCCAGUUUCAUCAACUCAGUCAAAAGUGCCUUUGCUGGCCGUGUGGUCAUGAGUGUGCUGGUAGAUGCUCUUUCCAGCUUCAGCUUUACCAAUAAAUAUGAAACACAUUUUAUUAAAGAGGGUGAAGGACGUUUGCCUUUUGUGUUCAAUGACGUCAUGGGUCUGGAGACAAUGGAAUCCAGAGGGGUGCACAUUGACGACAUCAUCAGUGCACUCAAAGGUCAUAUCCCAGAAGAUUAUGAGUUUAACCCCAGUGUAUUUUUGACAAAUUCAAAGCCAGAAUACAUCCAGGAUCCAAAACUAAGUGACAAAGUUCACUGUCUGGUGAGUGUUGUGUCUGCAGAUAAAAUGUCUAUGAUGUCAAAAGACACCAAAGACAAGAUGAGAACUGUCCGGGAAAAGGCCAGCCUUUUGGGAAUUCCUCAAAUUGUUGUCAUGACCAUGGUUGACACUGCUUGCCCAGAAGUGGCACGGGAUCUGAAAAAUAUCUACCGAAGCAAGCAUAUCAAAUCUAUGAUGCAGAGCUGCAGUAAUGAGCUUGGUGUCCCGGUGAACUGCAUCCUGCCAGUGAAGAACUACCAUGAAGAAACACAGGGGAACAAUGACAUCGAUGUCCUGGUGUUGGAGGCUAUGACUAAGAUUGUAGAGGUUGCCAAUGACUACAUAUGGCACGUUCAGCAGAAGAAAAAACACCUCUCAUGAGUCAUUACUGCACACAUACAUCCACUGAAACCACCUCUGGAGGGUUCAGUAAGUUAGAAGUUAUAACAGUUUUAACUCUUUUUAAUGACUUUUUGCACUUAAAUUUGAGCAACCACUGAGGUGAAAUUGAAUUAUGUCUGACCAUUGUGAUUUAAUGUUAAUUAAAGGUGUACUGUUUUGCAUACUAGUCUAUAUUAAAAUAGUUGCUGUGGUGGACAGUACCUAAUUAUCUAACUACAGUACAAUAACAGACCCACAGUUGUUUGGUGAUGACAAACUACAUACACCCAUGGAUCCACACACACAAACACACACUCACACACACACAUACACACAAUGCACAGUUUGUAUGGAAGAGAGAGUGACUGUGUCGUUGACACAUUUCUGUCAUCCAAUACGAAAAUAUGACCAGAUUUAAAAACGUUUUUCCAUCCUGUACAAACAUCAUAAACAUUUGAUCGAUUCUGGUAACUUCUUUCACAUGUGUUCACUGAAACUCUACUUUUUUGUACCUUGUAAUUAUGAAGAAGAUAGAUGAUAAAAUUAUACAGUCAUAGUCAUGACAAGAGUUCCGUUGUCUUACAUGCCCAACUCUGCUACAUUUUGUUUUGAGUUGUUGGUAGAUGUAUUUUAUUAUAAAUGUAGUCUUAAAAAAGAAAAUAUCAUUAUCUGUUACCACAGAUACCCUAACAGGGGACUCUUAACAUCUGCAAGUGCACAACAACUGAAUUUGAGUACAUCUCACAGAUAACUGCUUUGGACAUCCAAAUACAAAUUUGGGGUACUCUAUCAUAAAUAUUAGAUAUACAAUCAUAAAACACAUUUAAAUUGUGCUGUCUGUUUAAAAUACUGUUUUUGAUUUUAUAAUUGCUUGAAAAACAUUACAUACACGCAUUACACCCAUUCAACAUAUAAAUGAAUGCUUGCAUUUCAAAUUCAGUUGUCAAAGGGGGUGGGUAAAAAUUACAUAAUCCGUUCUCCAUCAAAGGCUUUAUUCUAGAACAGGGGUUUUCAACUGGUUUUGUCCCAGCGACCAACAUUCUUACUAGAAAGUAAUCCGAGGCCCACUGAUGUGCCUGCGCGUUCCUACGUGUGUUUGUGUGUGCAUGCGUGUGGAUAGAAGUAA